CAGCAGCAGGAGCAGCAGGAGCAGACGGGACCAGUUAACGGACUGAAACGUCAUGCAGCGACUGUUGUUCGUGUUCUUGGCCACUCUCGAGGCGUCGGUUCUCGGCCUCCCCGGGCUCCGUGAGUCCCCGGCGGCUCCCGAGCCCUGCGCCGCCCCGCAGCAGUGGGAGGGCAGGUGGGUCGUGUACGACCACGGCACCGGCAGGAACAACCGCGCGGCCGUGUCCUACGAUGCCCUGAACCUGAGGCUGCGAGUCCUGGAGCAGCAUAAGAAACACACCCCGUGUCAGAGGUAUUUUGAAUACAUCUACCUGUACCAGAACAUGGUGAUGUUCCAGAUCGACCAGAAGACCCAGGCCUGCUCUAAGCUCGCUCUGACGGAGGCCUGGGAUCCCUUCGACAUCCCCGACAACUCCACCUUUGAGGACCAGUACAUCAUUGGCGGUCCCGGGGACAACGUGGAGGUCCAGGAAUGGUCGGACAGGAAGCCGGCUCGCAAACAUGAGACCUGGGUGGGCGUUUACACUCUGAAGGACUGCUAUCCGGUGCAGGAGACCUACAUCAAGAACAGCAGUGUCACCACCUCCACCCGCUUCUUCAACCUGCAGCUGGGUAUCAGCGACCCCAACGUCUUCACCCCGCCCAGCACCUGUCAGUCUGCCCGGCCCGAGAGGAUGGCAGAGGCCCACUGCUGAGGCCUCGCCGCGCCUCACCUUUGACCUUAGAAGCUGAACAGCACUGUGACUCUGAGGCUGAAACCACAACCAACUAUUAAUUAAUUAAUAAUUUAAUAUCAUUUGGAUUGCAAAUUACAACGGGUACAUUUAAUGCACUACAUGGUAAAAAAAGAAGAAGAGUGUGCAUGAUUUUGGAUACAACCUCUGUCUUCCUUUCUAGAGAAUUUCGUUGUUGAUUUGCUGCUAAUUUCCUUGAGUUGUUAUGCUAACAGAGGUGUAACGGUUCGCAUGUGUUUAGUACAGUUUGUUCUGUCUAUAGUUUGCGUUGUUCAAAGAUUAGAACGGAACGUCAUUACAGAUAGAAGUGCUAGGUUAUUAUGAUGCUAUGUGAUUAGCUUCAUGGUAAAUUGUGACUUAAAGUAAAAGAAUUUUAUUUUUAUUUUUAAUAGGGUUGUGUUUUGCUUUUAGUCUGAAAUAAGGUCCAUUGUACACAUUAGCCUGUAAGUGCUAUGAUACAUGCUAACAAAAAGUUAAAUGAGAGCGGAGAGUUUGCCAGAGAACUCGCAAGUUUGUCCUCACAGACUCUUUUAAGCUAGUACCAACUUGUUGUAUAAGCUUUCUGCUUCCUGCAAAUAAAACACAAAUCUGA